GCGCUGUCAUACGGAGCGCCAGCGCAGAGCGAGCUGCAGAGCAGGAAGGAGGUGAGAAGUGAGGAGGCGCACGCUCCUGCACACUGAAGGAGGAGACGAAGGAGAGCGGAAGAAAGCGUCUGGAUUACUGCUGCAACUGAACCACAAGUUCUUUGGAGGUUCUGGAGAGAAAACCCAGAGAAGGUCCCGGAAGCAGCUGCAGAGCCAGGCUUCACCUCCCCGCGUUCUUUGGACCGGUGCGCGCACCGGCUGACCUCCAUGUAUAAGAUGGAUUACUCCUACCUGAACUCCUAUGACUCCUGCAUGGCGGCUAUGGAAGCGUCGGCCUACGCGGACUUCAGCUCCUGCAGCCAGGCCAGCUCCUUCCAGUACAACCCGAUCCGAAGCGGGCCGUUCUCCAACCCGGGCUGCACCCCACUCAGCACGGCCAGUUGCACACUGGGAGCCCUGAGGGAGCAUCAGCCCACUCCUUACUCCUCAGUUCCAUACAAGUUCUUCUCGGAUCCUUCGGGUCUGAACGAGAAGAGGAAGCAGCGGCGCAUCCGCACCACCUUCACCAGUUCGCAGCUGAAGGAGCUGGAGCGGGUCUUCGCGGAGACGCACUACCCGGACAUCUACACCCGGGAGGAGCUGGCGCUCAAGAUCGACCUGACCGAGGCCCGCGUGCAGGUGUGGUUCCAGAACAGGCGCGCCAAAUUCCGUAAGCAGGAGCGCGCGGCCAACGCUAAAGCCAACAGCUCCGGCGGCGCGACGGGGGGCAGCAGCAGCUCCGGGGGCAAGAAGGCAGGAGAAGCGAGAUCUUCAUCAGACGACGACGAGUCCAAGGAGUCCACCUGCAGCCCCACGCCCGACAGCACGGCUUCCCUUCCCGGCUCCGCCAACGGAAACCUGGGGAGCCCCGCCAGCCUGAGCCCCAGCCCCGCUCCUACCAACAGCAGCUACGCCAACGCCUCCACCUCCCCGGUUCUGCAAGGGCUGAAAACGCCCAGCUGGUCCAGCCUGGGGCCUUCUAACCCGGCCGUGGCGCAGCCCGCCGCCCAGACGCAGGAGAUCCUGAAGGCCUGGCAGCCGGCGGACAGUAUGAGCGGGCCCUUCGCCGGAGUCCUGUCCUCCUUCCACAGAAAACCCAACCCCGCCAUCAAGAGCAACCUGUUCUGAAGCACAGAGGGGAAGCGCGCAGGAGCUGAGGGACUCUCUCUGAGAGCGGACCUGUCCAUAGUGCUGAAACCCCAGCUGCUCCGAGUGGACUCCGCUGAGGAUGUGGUCACAGGUGCAGCAGUGCAGACUCCACCUGUACCGCGGCAUGCAGCCCCGAGCUCGGUAGAACCCAGAGCCAAUCAUUCACAUCGACGGAAACCUUUCUAGAACAAACAGACUGAAUGAUUCAGAACCGCAGGCUCCAAAACUCAGACCACCCCUCAUAUUACAUGCAGAUCCCCCUCCCCGCACACCCCAGUUCCCAUCCGCACUCCCACGCAGCAUUGCGGGGCUUCAGAGCAGAAAAACAAACACGCAGCUCCAGUCGUUAAGCCCACAAAGCACAACCAGAUCCCAACAUGCAGAUUUACUCUUAAAAGGGUUGGGGGCAACCCCCCUCAAUCCAAUUAGUGCAGGAAGAUCUAAACCAUUGACUGUAUACCAGAACUGGACUAAGUGACCCCCCCCCCCCCCCUUCUAAACAGGAAGUGGCUCCAAGAAGCCAAAAUCCCAGAUUUCUUUUCAUUCUAUUGGUCUCUGCUACCAUUUCAACAUGUUUUUGAUCAUCCUCUUUUUAUGAAAUUUUCCUGUAGUGUAAGUUACUCAAGUAAUAAACUGACCAAUCAGAUGUCUCAAUGAAAGUAGGCGGUCUCACGUCCAACUUUCAAAACAUUUGAUUGACUGAUUUUGUGUAGCCUGCUUUCAAGUGGUAGGGGUGUGGCCUUCCAACAAACUCGCUCUUUAUCUGAAGAGCGGUUGCCAUAGAAACGAUGACCUCAGACUGACUCACAAUCACUGACAAUUGCGGAUAAUUUCUAGGUCCAACAUGGCGGCAACUGUAUUGCAAAAAAAAAAAGACUGAAUUGACUUCAUUUGGUUGGAGCUGGAAGUAAACCAUUUCCUAUGGAUGACAUCACACUCACCGAGUCCAGUGCUUGUAUACAGUCAAUGGUUGUGUCCCAAUUCCCUGACUACUCACUAGUCAGUACACUAGGGGGUUCACCAUUUUGUCAGGGUGUCCGAUUCCUAUUCCAAAUUCCAGUGCCCUGGGAAUUUCCCAGAAGUCUCUACGAAAAACCAGUGUGCAUCGAUCCACAAUAGAUUGACGCAUAUAGACCACAAUGCAUUGCUUUUGAACGAUUUUACAUUUGAAAACUCAUAGUCUUUUUAAAAUGCUUAUAAUAAUUAGGUUGUUACAUCGGUAAAUCCAUUAAAAAUAUUAGUGAGCAUGGUGUCUGAAUCGCUGAUACAAUCCAGGUUACUGGAUAGACACUAUAUCGUUUUUUAGAAGUUGGGGAGUAGGAAUGGAGAGCAGACUUAGUACAGACCCCCAACAGCUCAUCCCCCCUACUUUACUGUAUCCAGACCCACACGCCAAUCAUCCACAAGGCUGCAUUUUCCCAUCAUGCCUUUUUUGACACAGAGAACGUUGAGUCUCCGUUUUCUCUUUAGGUGGAGGAAAGGUCAGGGAGUGAAUAGUCUGGAGAUGACCCUCUAAUGCAACUUUCACUGUGCUCAAUCCUCAGCUUGUUACUACCCGGACAAAUACCAGAUCGAUCGCUUUUGUUGGGUUCAUGAUGGAUUUUUUUGUUCUUCUUGAUGUCAAUCAUUUUCUUUUCUGCAAAAGUCAAACAGGAAGCAGCUUUUUGUACUUCUGUCCUCUAAACAAAGCUGUCAAAAGCAGACAACUCUGAAGAAACUUAAUCAAAAUAGGGAAAUCUACAUGUAUUUAUUCAUAUUUUUAUUAUGUCAGUGAAAAGUGAGAAGCCCACACGUGUUUGAUUUACUACAAAAUCCUGAGAAUGUAAAUUCUGUAAUUAGUAAUAUAAAUCUUAGGUAGUUUUUUCUUGUUUUUUCAUUGUUGCUUUACAAACUUCACUGCAGAGCAUCUGUCAUGUUCGUGAAAACAGACAGGGGGUUCCAGUGAAUGAGAAGGUAUAGCACUACUCUGAAUAUUCUAAUAAAUCUACAUUAUGGAGGCA